AUGGCUGACUGGGACAACGUCACCAAGAUUGGCAGCAAGGUUCGCGGCCCCGGGGCAUCCGACCGUGAGACUGUCGUUAGAGGCAAGAGCGCCUUGAACGCCGCUCAGCGAAGCGGUGCCAUUCUCGCGACCGAGAAGAAGUACAGCUCUGCCAAUGCGGCCGGCAGCGGAUCCGAGGGUCAGCGGCUCACCAAGGUGGACCGCUCCGACGACAUCAUCAAGCCCAACACGGUUGGCAAGCUCGUCGGCGACACCAUCUCGGCCGCUCGCCAGAAGAUGGAGCCCAAGAUGACGCAAAAGGACCUCGCCACCCGCUGCAACACCACCCAGUCCGUCGUCGCCGACUUCGAGCGCGGGUCCGCCACCCCCGACCAGAAGGUUCUCGGAAACAUGGAGCGCGUCCUCAACGUGAAGCUGCGAGGCAACGACGUCGGCGCCCCCAAGUUCCCCAACAAGAAGUGA